AUGGAUGUUGAUGAAGCAUCGACUUCAACGGCAAAGAUGGCAAAGAUUGAGUCCUUCGAGAGUAUUUACCCUGGCGUGCUCGUCUCCUACGGGAAAUUCGGAAAGUGUCACGGAUCACAAUGCGACGGAGUUCCAUUCGAAACAUGGCCCAUGGAAGGCAGAAAUUUUUGCGAAGUCUGUGCGACAAAGGAGUAUGGGAGCGACUUCAAGAAUGCGAAGGACCUAUAUUCUGAGAUCUCAGACGCAAAAUUGAAAUGCCCAGCCUUUGACAAUGAAGGAAGCUGCAAAUCAGAGGACAUUGAUAUCUGGGAAUUUUACCGUGGAUCAUGUUGUGAGCCAGCUUCAAAAGUCCUGACAGAAAAUAAACAAGCCCAGGAAAAACAACUGAAAGUUGUCAAUCAGUUUUAUAAGGAUGACUUCCAUUCUCUCCAGGGGAUCGAGGACAGUCACGAGAAUACAAAAAAUAUAAUAGAGAAGACGGAAGAGAGAUUAAAACGAGAGGAAAUGGCCUUGAAAAAAAUGAUGGAGAAAGUCGAAAAGACCAAAAAGUAUCUUGAGACGCAGAAGAAUAAUUAUGAAGCGGAAAAGAAAAGCAUAAAUCAAUGCGAGAAAGAAAAGAAUGAGAGCCUCAAGCGAUUCAGACAACUUUCAUACGAGUACCACUCAGUCGCUGCGGAGCUCUCUCUAGAUGACGAGGUUGAAGCAAAAGAGAACAGAAAACAAUACCUGUACUGCAGAGUCUGCGGCGAAUUUUACAACGACACAGACCGCCGAAAAUCAUUCUUGACAAAAUGUGGACACGUUGCUUGCUUGAAAUGUUUUAAAGAUGACUUCACCGACGACAUCGACCAUUCAUCCUGUCCCUGGCACAUAAGAGUCAUGGAUUGUGAAAAUGAAUACUACCAGCACGAUGUCAAAACAUUGUACGAGUAG